GGGGAGCGGGGAGCGGCCUCGGGCUGCACUUCCUCUGUGCCUGCAGCCCUGCGCUCGGGGCCCCGUGCUGGAAGAGAGGCGGUGAGCCCCUGCAGCGCGUCCAGAGAAGGCUUAGAGCGUUGGUCGGCCGUUGGACUAAUGAUCUUAGUGGUCUUUCCAGCUUUAGUGGUUCUACGACUCUAUAGAACCGGUUCCCGCAGGACUUGGAUUUCUGCUUCACCUGCUUCUCUUCCACAUCUCUUCACAGUGCUCGUGCUUCUUUCACUCACGUGUUUAUGCACCACUUUCUGAGUGCGUGCCUGAAACUUCCCGUGUCCGGCAGCAACUGGAUUGAAGUGACUGUUGGACCACAACAAACCCUGUGCCUGCCUUUCUGCAGUGGAGUCGUCUGCAAACAGCGAUUUGGUCAAGGAAACUUCUCUGGGAGACAGGAGCCCUUGAGAUGACAGCCAUGGCAGAAUUCAGCAAUGUUCAGUCGGAAUCUGAAAUGCCAGAAGGAGGUGAUGCUAAACGUGGCUUCCAUCACAGAAUGUUCUUGGAACCUCAGGAGGAGAAGAGGAACCUGAAGGCUCUGGUGGUUAAACAAGUGAAGAAAACUUGCAGCUGCACUCCAGCCAAAGUUAAAGACUGCGUUUUGAGUUUCUUUCCCAUCUUGCAAUGGCUUCCUAAAUACAACCUAAAAGAGUGCUUACUGGGAGACAUAAUGUCUGGUGUGAUUGUGGGGGUCUUACUCGUCCCACAGUCGAUUGCCUAUUCUCUCUUGGCUGGACAGGAGCCUAUUUAUGGCCUUUAUACAUCCUUUUUUGCAGGCAUUAUUUAUUGCAUAUUUGGAACCUCUCACCACAUCUCUGUUGGUAUCUUUGGUGCACUUUGCCUGAUGGUGGGACAAGUAGUGGACCGUGAGGUGCUGAGAGCUGGCUAUGACUUGGAGCCAGCUGCUUUUAGUGAUCACAUGGAUACAGCAAUGCAUGUGAACUCCACCAUUGCACCUGUGAACCAGACAUCACAGAAGCUGCUCUGUGAUAAAACCUGCUAUGCAAUAAAAGUGGGAGCCACCGUGACCUUCAUAGCUGGAGUUUAUCAGGUGGCCAUGGGUUUCUUUCAAGUGGGCUUUGUCUCAGUGUACCUCUCUGAUUCAUUGCUCAGCGGAUUUGUCACGGGUGCCUCCUUUACCAUCCUGACAUCACAAGCUAAGUACCUCCUGGGUCUGGACAUUCCUCGGAGCAGUGGCGUCGGUUCCCUCAUAACCACGUGGAUAAACAUCUUCAGAAACAUACACAAGACCAACAUCUGUGAUGUCAUCACCAGCUUCUUGUGCUUUCUUGUUCUUAUCCCAACUAAGGAGCUUAAUGAACGUUUUAAAUCCAGGCUCAAGGCUCCAAUUCCAGUUGAAUUAGUUGUGGUUGUGGCAGCUACUCUGGCGUCUCACUUAGGGAAGCUGAAAGAAACGUAUGGCUCAAGUGUUGCUGGGCACAUCCCAACUGGCUUUCUGCCACCCAGCCCUCCCGAAUGGAACCUGAUUCCUAACGUGGCAUUGGAUGCUAUCCCCAUAGCUGUUAUUGGUUUUGCCAUCACUGUCUCCCUCUCAGAGAUGUUUGCCAAGAAGCAUGGUUACACCGUGAAGGCCAACCAGGAAAUGUAUGCCAUUGGCUUCUGCAACAUCUUUCCAUCUUUCUUCCAUUGCUUCACAACAAGUGCAGCUCUUGCCAAGACUCUUAUUAAAGAGUCAACAGGCUGUAGAACACAGGUUUCUGGCAUUGUGACUAGUUUGUUAAUCCUAAUAGUCCUCCUUGUGAUUGCACCUUUGUUUUAUUCCCUUCAGAAAUGUGUCCUUGCUGUCAUAACCAUUGUAAACCUCAGAGGUGCCCUGCGAAAGUUCAGGGACCUGCCAAAAAUGUGGCAUUUGAGCAGGGUGGACACAGUGAUCUGGCUAGUUACUAUGGCAUCCUCAGCACUCAUCAGUACCGAGAUUGGUCUUUUGACUGGUGUUUGCUUCUCUAUGCUCUGUGUCAUUUUUCGAACUCAGAAACCAGAGGCACCAUUGCUUGGCUGGGUGGCAGAAUCUGAAACGUAUGAGUCUCUGUCUGCUUACAAGAACUUGGAAACUAAGCCAGGAGUUGUGGUGUUGCGUUUUGAAGCACCCCUCUACUACAUCAACAAGGAGUGCUUCAAAUCCGCACUGUACAAGCAAACUGGAGUCAACCCAGCCUUGGUGAAGGCAGCAAAGAAAAAGGCAGCAAAAAGAAUGCUUCGAGAGAAGGAAGCGGGUUCUGGUGGCAACCAGACCAGCAUUUCCAUGGAGCUUGUGUCUGAGCCUUUGGGGUUUCACACAAUAGUGAUUGACUGUUGUGCAGUACAGUUUCUGGACACAGCAGGAAUACGCACGCUCAAAGAGGUCUGCAAGGACUACAAUGAGAUAGACGUCCAGGUGCUACUGGCGCAGUGCAAUCCUUCGGUGAGGAGUUCCCUAAUGCGGGGAGAAUUCUUCAAAGAGGGGGAGGACCACCUUCUCUUCCACAGUGUGCAUCAGGCCGUGGACUUUGCACUGGGUGCACAGGAGCACAGCAGGAUCUGUGCUUCUAAGAACUAGCUGUGGGAAGGCAGCGAGUUGGAACAAAGCCUGGAAAAAAAUGAGCGUUGUUUUAUGUAUGGUACCGAGUGAAUGCAACUCUGAAGUUUUUCAUGAUCUGUAUACAAACCUAAGAGUUUCAUAUGGACGUUCAUCUCAUUUCUCUUCUAUCAUCAACUUUCCAUUUCUUGGUUCCCCUCUGUUUUGAUCAUCAGCAUGGAGGUCUUUCUGGAUGAGACAAGCUUUAGAAGCAUUCUAGGCAUCCCAUCUGGCUGAAUGCUACAAGGAGACUCAUUUCUUGUCCCUAGUUGAGAAAUUGCUUUUUCAUAUCAUCACAACCUUAUAUUUUUAAGGGAUGACUGAAAGGUACUGUUUGUGCUGUUUUUUAUCAUCUUGUGAUCGGUUGGUAGUACUGGGACAGGUAGAUAAGGAAAAUCUAGACAUGCAACAAAGAAGUCUUAAAUGCAUAGCUUAUAACUUACCUGUCACCUCUGGACAAUGCUUUGUCAUCGUGUUUUGACAGCCAAAUGCAGCCAGAUGAGUGAGGACAUGGUUAUGUAAUUUCUAUGCAGUCCUUUACAUGCCAGGAAAGAUUGCUCUUUUGCUUGAAUCUCUUUGGAUAAUCUCUCUGGGAGUAUUUUUAUUUGGACAUGAUUGCUUAGAAGUCUGAUUCAUACUUACGGUCAAUUGCUGGUUUUGCUAGUAUUUAGGAGUGCUUUAGGACUGUGAACAUUAGAUAUGGAGGAUCUCUAAUUCAUGGGUUGCAACACAAUACAAGCCAGUUUUACUUGCCAGACUGACAGAACCACAGACACCAGAAUAAAAGGUUUUAUUCUGAAACAGAAUAGAAUAGAAGAAACAGAUUAUCCAACAUCUGGCCAAAUCUGCCUGUGCCACACAGCCUUCCUGUGUGAGUGCAGGUUUUAUUGACCAUAAACCCUUUACAUAUGCUCAGUCAUGGGCCUUUUCUAAUGGAGAUGUUGGCCAAGAAGAGAGGUGAGUAUUAAAAGAGCCAGAAAGAACUCUGCUGAAAACUCUUCACCAUGUGAGUGUAAAGAAAACUUUGUGCUUUGCUUUUAAGCUUUGCAGAACAAUGAAGAGUCCCUAUUGUUCAUGUCGAAAUACAGGCACUGGUAGGAAGAUGUUCUCUGUUCUUACAGCAAUGGAAUACAAUUAUGAAAGCAUAAUUGAAAGAUUAACUUUUUUUUUACUGUCAGGGGAGUUUAUAGUCUGAGCUGCAGUUUCUUGACAGCUUUUAAAAGGGAAAAGGUAUUGUAUAUGACAAUAAGCUCAUCCUUAAUCAUUCAAAAAGAAUGAGUCAGGAAUCAAACAAGUAAGAAAAUGCAAUGUAAAUCCUGAAACAUUUUCUAAAUAGCAAUACAUUUUCCACUCAGGAUGAUUUUAUUUUUCUGAGCAACCAAGAACUAUUCCCUUGUUUCAGUGAAAGCUGAAAUGUCACACGGUACUUCAGCCUAGGAGCUGGGACCCCAACAGAAGGAACGGAUAGAAGGAAGUGAAGUCCCAGGACCUGGCAACGUUUAUAUGUUAGGUGAACUUACCACAUUUUUUAGGACAUCUUAGGAGUGUGUAAAAACAUUCAGGGAGUGGGCAGGGUGAAAGCUAGCAUGUAUGGAAAAGGAUCACAUAACUGAGAUCCUUGACUUGGACUCGCUAAGGCAACAGCAAGUCUUCAAAUAGCAGAGAUUCUAAAGCUUCUGCAGUGUUCAAAAAACACAAAUAUUUUUCUUUCAUAGCCUGAAGGCAUGUUUAUACAAGGAGACGAAUCCCAAAUAGCUACUGCUGAUUUUUUUUUUUUCUUUUCUGCAUAAACUUUUAUUCUGUGCUAAGAACCCCUUUUGCGCUUUGGGUAAUUACAGGGACCAAGUUCGUAUUAUCAAAGUGGGGGCCAAUGUCAGGAGGGAGCAGCUCCAGCAGCCAGGGUCCUGCUUCAGGAUGCCUUUUAACUCUAAACAAAAUCAUCCAUGCCGUUUUUAUACGCCUACCCCCAGCUAUUCAUUUUUACCCUGUUGCCCCUCAGGCAUGGGCAGCUGAGAGGGAAUGAGCUGCUCUGAUGGCCCUGAAGACUUCCUCCUAGGCAGGGAUGGAAGCAAAGUAGGAGGUGCUGUGGGUGAAUCUCUCCUGUCUGUGGUCAUGACGUCUUCUACCCUUUCCAUGCUGCCCAGGAGAGGAUUUUUUGAUCUGUGACAAUGCGCAGUGAUAACAGAAGAAGAAAAUAAAAAGUAUUUAUUAAACAGCUUUUUUUUUUUUUCCUUUUAAGUUCAUUCCCACCUGUGCCAAGAAGGGAGGAAUAACUGCAUCACUCCCAAGGAGCAGUACUACGGCUGUAAAGGAUGCAUAUUUGUAGCACCUGAGUGUUUGUUUGCAUUAAAGCACGAUAAAACAGCCAUAAAUUGAUUUUCAAAGAAUUAAUUUAGAUUACAGCUAAAAGAUAGACUCAAGUGAUUUAUGUUUAGCUAGAGCACAUUGUGCUUGGCCGCAGUGCUGUUUGUGCAGCCACAAUUGGCAACGUAGCCUCCAAAUUGAAUUUCAAGCAAAACACACACACAAAAAAAGUAUUAAAAUGCAACAGCAAAAGCAUCCAGUCAACAACAACAAAACAAACCCAAAAAACCAACUUCUGAUGUUCUUAAUAUGUAUAGGCUGCAGUUUAUCCUCUGUAUAAAUGCGAACAGCCCUGGUUGGAAGGGAAUACAAAUAAAUGCCACUUGGCAGAGAGUUAGUGUAAUAGGGAGUCCUUUGGCAUUAACUGAAGGUUAGAGCUUAUCGUGGCUGGGAUUUCUUGAAACAGUGGGUUUUCAGCCAUUUUCCUUUGAGAGCAGUGGUUUGUGUUUUAAUGGAGACACAAGAGUAAGUGAAUUGAAUCCCACUAGAGCAAGAAGCGUGCCUUGCUUCAGUAUGUGUGUGGAUCCUUGAGAAGUAAUCUAACUGCAUGUUUAGGCACUAAGGACCACUGAGUGAAAACUGUUGUCCUAAAAAAUUUGUUUCAUGAAGGAAUUUCAAAUACAUGUGUAUAUAUAUAUAUAUAUAUAUACAUACAUAAAUGUACACGCUCCUUUUGCAGCUUUAUGUCUCCAGUUGUACUUUUGCAAAGUGGCUGCUUCCGUCCCAGAAGGGGCUCUCCAGCCUUCUGCUGACUUAAAUGAACAGUGGAACACACAUACAGGAUUUUAGAAGGGAAACUGCUGUACCCGCUGCUAUCUAGUGCCUCCCUUAUCCCUUCAGCUUAUUCAGUCAUCUAUAAGAAGAAUGAAUCGCAGAAUGAUUGCCUUUGGGCUGCCCAGAACAGUGACAUUUGUCACAGAGGCCUUCAGAGCCCAGGGCCAACCUGGAAGGGUGCAUAAACCAGUUCAUCUCUAAGGCAGCUCCCAAAUGUCUUAAUCCAGCAAUUAUCUGUCUAAAUGAGGAUUAUUAGCAGAUCAUUAGCACAUUCAUUAACGGUAACAACGUGGCAUUAUGGAAAUUAACACUCACAAUCUCAGCUAUACUGAAGGCUCCUGGAAGUACCUUUAGUAGUCUCCUGCUGAAUCACAGACUUUUUCUACAUUUCUUGCUGCUGUAGGCAGUAGUUUUCAGCUCCUGAUGUGCCAAUUGCACUAACAAAUGUUUCACUUGUGUAAACGUUUUGACACGGAGCCAAUUCUUAAUCCCUUUCGAAAAUAGGAAGGUGUUGAAGUGAUGCACGUGGUACUUACUUUUGGAUUUAUGAUGACCUCGUAGUGGAAAUGCUAAGUCAUGGCCUGAAGCAGUGAUUGAGCACCUGGUGGGAAGGCAGGGCCAGCCCAGGGGAGCUCAGGUGUAUGCAAUGCAGCUCAGUGACCCGACCUCGUUUAAGGGUUGGCAGUGGAGGUGAGGGUAUCUCACUGGAGAUCCCUGCCUACCUGAGGCCUUUUGAAGGUAAGCAGGUUUUCUUCUUUUGUUUCUGUGUCCGUGGCUGUUGUAGUGGAGCUUGUUCUCAUUUGUUGUAGCCUAGGAUUGUGUCAUCCUGCUAUUACUGCUGUACUUUCCAUCAUGUUGUAGCACUACAGCGUUGCAAUUGUCAACCUUAGUCCUGUGUGAUUUAGUGAGCCUGAUUUCCUGGGAAGUCAUUGCAGCUCUAGCCAUUGCUCUUCAACUUCUCACACAAUCCAUCUCAUUGCUUUCUUUCACACUUCUGUAUUUUGCUGUAAGACACUGUGUGUGAUUGACUGUAAAUAGAAGGAUCUUAGCAUAUUUCGAUAUUACCUAUGAGCUGCUAUUCAGUUCUUGUGUCAAAUCUUUUGGUGAUACCAAAGCUCCUGAGCAAAGACUGCAGAGCAGCCCCCAAACCCCAUAGUGUUUGGAGCUGUGGUGUUGGGAGGGAGAUGGUUGUGGGGAACAGCCCCAUGUACCUGCUGGGAGAGCCACAGCCAGGCCUGGGGCUGCAUGAGGGCUCAUACAAAUGGCAGUGCCUCCUAGGACAGACAGACCUGGUAGGAGGCCUGAGAUAGCACUGUACACAGCCAUGUGCCUUUUUCCAUGAGUGUAAUAAUAACACAGGGACCUCGUUCGUGUCCAGUGCUGCUGCAUGAGUCAGUGUCCAAUCCUCAGUACUAGAAGGGAUUUCUGGCUUUCUGCUUAUUUAUUUUUUUGUCUACUUUUAAUCUAAUUCUGUACUUGCCUCCCCUAGAAAAGACCACAAAGCUGCCAUGACACCUGUACUCCUUCCCCAUCAGGUUGCAGUGAUGAACAGGGAGAUCUCUCUUAGGGGGGGUGGGGGGAACAUGGUAUUCCCUUCAGCCUUGCUGGCUUGUGCCAAGAGAUGUUGAAAUCCCUUGCUGAUGGGCCUCAAGUGCAGACAGGAGGUACUGCAGGCAGAAAGCAUCCUGGGGCUUUGAGUCAGUUGGUCCCAGCUGCAGCUCACGUCCUCAUGCCUGUGUGUGAGCUCUGUGCCAGAUACUACGUCUGUAUCUUGCUGUGCAGGCCUGCCUGGCGGAGUCUGCACUUUCUGUGUCCAAACCUUGUUGGGGUAACACUGCAAAUCUCCCCAGGUCCUAUUCUUUGAAUCUUUCACCCGAAGGCUGUGCAAACCCCCUGCUCCCCACCAUGCUUGAAUACCUGCUAGCAGGCGUUGCUGCUAAGAGUUUUUAAUGAGACUGAUGUCAUCACCCACAGGAUCCAAACUGCUGGCCUAGAGCACAGAAACUGGAACAAGAGGAAGCCCUGUUAGUUGGGGGUGAAACACUUCAGGCAAAUAGUUCUUUUUGAGGGUGUUACCUUCUGGGUUUUUUUUUCUUUUCAUAUGCUUCAGAGAGAUGAUUAAAUUAUUGAAGUGAUUAAAGUUUAUUUGAACAGCAUUAGCUAAGCUAAUGAAGCUGUGAUGCAGAUAGGAGUCAUCUGCUAAUGCAAUAUAGGGUGCCUUGUGUCUGUAUAGCUUGUUGUGCUUUGCUGAGCCUCAGGCUAGGAUCCCAUUGUGAGUCUGGAAUAUUGAUAUAAUUGUCCUCACUAGAAGGGAUUUGCACUUUUACUGUACUGGCAUAACUAAAAGGGACAAUAUCUUUAGUGCAGAUGUGGCACUGUGCCUUUGCACUUUGAAUAGCUUUAAGUCCCAAGAAUUACUUGCACUUGGUUGUUGUGUUUGUAAGCCUUUGUUGGAGCAGCUGCUCAUCUGGAAAAACUACCUGAUCUUUAUUGACUCAAUCGAAUUUCUUCUGCAGUAGAAAUCAUUUUGAGUCUUGCCUUUUGUUUUGAGACAGUUGCGAUGCUGAAAGUGAUGCCUCUGGUUAGGUAAAAUGACUAAUAUUUAAUGUAUAUAUUUAUACUAAAAUUAGCACCUUUCUAUUAUAUUCUAUGGAGAUAAAAUAAGGCACGUUGCUGUUUCUCUAAUGUGCGAAUAUAGAGGAUGCUACAGCAUUUGAUGGAGAACCAAAUCUCCAUUGAGGAAGUGUUCUGCCCAAAGCAUUUGAGUUCUGGGUCUGAAAGCACUCAGUUCUUAAUCCAGCUCCCAAAUUAUCUCAGGGCUGCACAGGAUGACGGGAAGCCAAACAUUCUGCUGGACUUGGGUCCAAGAUUUUAAUGUUUAAUUUCUGACUUUAGGAAUGAAACUUUGUGAUUUAGGUGCAACUGAGACGUGCUUAAGGAGAGGUAAAGCAUCACUCUUCCUGGUAAGCACGUGAUGAUUUCAUUUCAUCAGCCUCUGCUUACUGACAAUCAUCUCUGGUACUAUGGUACAAUCUGAGAUAUGAUUUCUGUAUUACUGUAAACUCAGAGUGAUUUUUUUAGAUGCUGUUUGCGACGUAAUGUUUUGCACCAUAAAUCAAAAGGCAAAUUUUGCCUGGAGUAGCUUAUCAAAUGUGGGAGUUAGCUUAAACAGGACCUCGGGAAUGGAAUAACUGGUUGGCUGACCUGACCAGUUCACAGAAGCAGUUUGGAAAGUUGCAUAGCAUGUAUAAUGGAUUGCCUUUUUAUUAUAAAUUAUAAGUGCCGUAUAAAUGAGGUGUGACACUUCUCCCAGUUUGGUGCUGGAAUGUGGGGAGGCUGUCUGCCCCUGCCUUUGCCUGUUCUGUACGUGUGUUUGCUAGCACAGAUGUGGCCUUGUGCACAGCCUGAGAUGUGUUGCCAUCAGCUUCUCGGGAGUGCUGUGCUCACUGACCAAAGCCUCUGAUGGCAGCUGUAUUUUGUCAAUCUUAUGUUCUACCAACAAAACGUACUUAUGGGUUGUCUCAUCUGUGUAUCGCUGACUUUACAUUUUCUCUAUCUGCUUGUUCUGUAUCAAUUGCCAUUUUAAAACGCUGAUGUGCCUUACUGUCACUGCGGAAGACUGUUUAAAAGAAGAAUUUUCUAUCAGAUGUGGUGAAAUCUGUGUGAUUUCUUUACCAUCAUUAAAAGAUAUUUAUGUUCUUUUCUGCUGUCAGA